AUGUUCCAGGAUGGUUUGCAACCUUAUAUCCGAAACCAAGUAGCAUGCCUACAGAUAGGAAAUUUCCAAGAAUUGGUCAAUGUAGCUUCAAUAGCAGAGGCGGAGCAACGACGACUAAUUGCACAGGCUCAAGUGGAUAGGAAAAGAGGAUUUCCUUACUCACCAGGAAGUAGUACGGGGAAGCGAAAGGCCCCUGUAACUCCGAGCAAAGGAAAGGGCGUGGUAGUCGGGAAGGCAGCACCCGUCACUCCACCACCUUGUCGCCAAUGUGGGAAGAGGCACAACGAAGAAUGUCGUAGGGCCUCGGGAGCUUGUUUCAGAUGUGGUCAAACCGGCCAUAUGAUCCGAGAUUGUCCACAGAUUACGCCUGGAGGAGCGUCAACACCAAACACUAAACCCAAGACUGCAUCGAAAGCCAAGGUUUAUGCCAUUAUGCCCAUAUAG